GUUUAAAUUUGUGUUCAGAUCCGAGCUUUUGAUCUCUGUAACCGUUUGGAACGCAGUUCCGUUUAAACGCGCCGUUUUCAAAACGUUCUAAACUGUCAUUCAGGUCCAAGGCGACCGCUGAGCGCGCGCGGCUAUUUAUAUAGGUCUCAGAAGGAAGCGAGCAGACACGGGGGAACCGCGCGCGUCACUUCGCUCCACGAAGUCGCUAGGAAACGUUUCCACGGAGGAGCCUCAGCCUCAGCGUCGGCCUCGGACCGGAGCCCGGAGCCCUUCCACAUCCAGACGCUUAGAACGGCUCGCUUCUUGCCUGGGGGGCUUGACUGAACCGCACGAGGGGCGUUCUGAGCGGUGAACGAUGCGGGCUGAGCUCGGCGGGGUCGCCGUCUUCACUGCCGUCCUCCUGAGUGGCCUCACAGCGGGUUCUUCAUUUGAGCUACCGUCCCCUUCCAAUGUGACUAUAACAUGUGACAGUUAUGGUGUUAUGGUGUCCUGGACCUCCUCAGGUCUCAGUGAAAAUGCUUCCUUCAAUCUGCAGCUGAAAUCAAACAAUCCGUCUCCGCACAUUUUUAUCAAUACAAGCAGUCAUCAAUACAACAUAUCGGAGCUGCUGCAGGAUACGGGGUACAAUCACUACCUUGUGGAAGUAAAGGCCAGGGAUGGCGAAUACGAAUCACCGCCUGCAGAUUCAAAGAAGUUCUCUUUCAGUUAUCUACAAAAUGCAGACAUUCAAUGUAACCUUGCGUUCCCUCCGGUUGACUUGAUUCCUGGAGAGCGCCGGCUGUUUUUUAGGUUCAGCAACCCUUUACAGCUGUACAGACGCACACCUGCUCUGCGCAGCCUCACUGCUGCGGAAAGUCUGUGUUACGAUGUUUUCGACAAUCGGGCAAGAACCAAUAGAACUGAAUACAUUACAUUCGAGUGCACUUCGAAAACAUGUGAGGGUAACGUGUCAUUCCCAGUGGAGCAAGAGGAAUACUGUGUGAAACUCUCUGGACGGAUCAGACAAACCAGACUCGAGGAAACAAAAUAUCUGUGUUAUUGUGGCAGCCUUGGGCCCAGGGUACCAAUCACUGUAUACCUCAUUCCACUCUUCCUUUUUCUACCGUGUUGUGCGUUAUCUUUGGCCUACUUUCUGGCAAAGGAAAUCAACAAGAAAAUGAAGAAGAAAUAUCUUUCCAAAUUUCCAAAACCUUUGAGACUACCAUUUGGACCAAGCAUAGACCAGACCAUGUUCAUAAUUGUGGAAGAUGAUCAUUUUGAGAAUCGAGUAAUAAAAGUAAUCCAUACUAAAAGUCCUGAUGCCUCAUCAGGAAGCUCUACCCCACCCUACCUUAAAUCUUCACAUUUGUCUCACCAUUCCUGUGGUAACGACUUGGCAAAGGAUCCUGAAGGUGGUGAGCUGAAAGAAAAACUUAUCGAUCCUUACAGUAAUGGAGCAGAGAUGUCAACUGGUGGCUUGCCGUCAGGUUACGACAGACCUCAUUGAAAUUAGCCCUGGGGACACUGUGGAGGCCUACACUACUCGAAGGGCUUCGGGAGAUAAUUGAAUGUCUAAAAUCUGCUGGAGCUCCAUCUGCUAAUAAGAACAUGCUUAUAAAAAGAAAAAAGAAGCUAAAGUUUGGGAGAAACUUGGUGGUGCAAAGAUGUAGAUUGUGGGGCUGCAACUAAUGAUCGUUUUACUGGUUUGGAAGAGAACUUGAAUAUCUGCUUUAAGCUUGAAGGCUGGAACUCCUGUGAGAGAGUCAGAGUCAACAGUUGGGAGACUAAAUUGAGUAGUGUGUCUGAUUUUUGGGCUCCCGAUCACAUUCAGACCAGUUGGAGAGCAUCAAAUGUUUGUUUUUUUCCAGCUGACUCUUGAGCAUAAUCUCAACGAUGCCGUUACAACAAGCUCCUCCAGCAGCCACUUAAGCAAGACAAGAAAAAUAAGAAGACAUUCAUGGCAAAGCUUUUGAAUGAACUGAGUUUAAUUCAUGUACAUCUAAAACUCUGAAAAAUGACCACACCAAACACGUCUUUAUGCCCAUGAUCCUCAGUUAAAUGUUUCUUUACUGUGGCAGCACAAACAGAACAGCAGGCGCUCCACAUUUAUUUGCAUGAGGUUAGUUCAGCUCAGUAACAGCUCAGAAGUUGAGUAGUGUGUGGUCUCCAAUGUUUCAGUUGACCAAAAAAUGUGCAGGAAAUAGUCUGAUAGUGUGAGACGUCCAGUCAUUUUAUAGUCCGUGAGGGCUUUAAAAGUCAUGUAGCAUUUCAAAGACUACAGUAGACAAUGUGCCAUCUUAUUUGUCAGAUGUUUCUGGUGCACUCUCAGGAAAAAAAGGGACGAAACUGUCACUGGGGUGGUCCCCUCAAGGGAACAUCUCAGUACCUUUAGUCAGGGAACAUAACUACAAUAAUCCAUUGAAAUCAUAUUGUGUAAGUUGUACUGACUCCACACACCCCGCCUCAUCUCCAGGCUUCUUGUUCGGUUAUAACUUUAAAACAUUCGGUUAUGAAAAGGUACAAACGUACUUUUCACCUGCAUAAAUUGAUUUAAGGUCCACAGUCUGACCUUAAAACCACUGUUGUACAUUUGAAAGAAUAUUUACGUUGUUUGUACCUUGAUGAACAAAGAAAAUUACGUGCACAGAAGCUUCCAACAGUUAACCAGCUAACAUUGCCUAGUUAGUCUGGCCUUUUCAGUCACAUCCUUAGCAGUGUAAUCUAUUGCCAUUCCUGUAAUAAUUAUUCAGAUACUGCCACAUUCAACUGUAAUAACUCAUGGACUCAGGGACCUGUGCACAUUGCUAGCAUAUAGUGGUACGGUAAGCUAUUUCAAGCACAGUCCAGGUGUGUCAUAGGAAUACUACAGCUUAAAAGCACAUUUGCGUAUCACAGUUUUUCAGAAUUGUCACUGUUCACAGCUCAUCACUUUAUCGAUUAGCUGUUGCAGCCUUAAUAGUUUGAAGUUUCUGAGAUGUGUAUGAACACCUUGUUGCCUAAAAUGGUCUUAAAAAGAACCAGUGCGGAGCACAAAUGAUGUUUUAAGCCAUGUCACUCACGUCUCUGGGGAAACAGGCUCCGAGUAUCUGAUGGUAAGACGUCAGUAGAAUGUGUCUAGGAACUGUUUCAGAGUCCAAUCCUGCAUGACCUUCAUGUUUUCUCUGUUCUGUUUUCCAGUACACCUGUGCCAGCUAAUUUGAGAGUGCAGCUGUGUCACAAGCUUGAAUGUAAGAAAAACAUGGACUAGAGUUGCUCAGGAAUUGGAUUGUAUAGGUGCAAUGUACAUGCAUUAUAUUGCCAAAAGUAUUCACUCGCCUGCCUUCGCACACAAAUGAAUUUGAGUGAGAUCCCAUUCUUCAUCCAUAGGGUUUAAUAUGAUGUCGGC